AUGCAGGAUACAGUUGAGGAGGAACCACCACUUACUCGAGGUCUGGAAGCUUUAUUGGGAGGACUGGGAGAACUGGAGGACACUGCGCCUGCCGCUGCCACUGCUAUCGAGCAGGAUGCGGCUGCACCAGAGGCUCCUGCUGUCCAUGAGGUCCAGGUCCAGGUCGACGUCCCUACGCCUGCCUUGAGCACCAAGACGGGCUCAACAUUUCCCCCGAAACCCCUAAUUCCCGGACUGUUCUUAGGCGUACAUCUGCCAGGCAUUUCGAGUGGUGCCCCUAGUCCAGUUGUUGCAAAUGACGAGAGAAUAUCUGAAUAUGUGGCACCUACGCCCCCAGCUACCGCUCCUGACGCACCAAUUGAGGAGAGUAUUUGUACCCAUAUCGAGCAGGAAAAACUGUUCCUACUCAAUAGUCCAGUCUCAAUACCCGGAAACAUACCUUCUCCUGCUAAGGAUGCGCCAAUGCAAGAUAGCGCCCCAGAGUCGCUCGAGAAGAAAAGCGAACCUGUACCUGAUAUUGCCAGACCAAAUGUCGAGAACACGCCAGUAGCCGCAGAAGAUACCCUGAUGUCAGAAGUUCCACUCGUCGAAGCAGACCCGCCUGUUGACGGGGUUGCGACUGCCGAGGACGAGCACCCAGAAUGGGAAAUCGAUUCUUCCCCGAUUGAGUCAUCUUCAGAGGAUUCGUCCUCUGACGACAGCUCGUCCGACGAAAGCGAAGAGGGUGACAAUGUCUACAAGCUUAUGAGUCCCGAGGAACAGGCAAGAAUAUUGAUGGAGGGAGACGGUGGGUCGGACGACGAGGGGGCCAGCAAAAGCAAGGGUACUGGAACUCAAUUGCGCACGAAGAACGAGGUCCCAGAUGUUGUGGUUCCUAAACCUGAUGUUACUAUCACGCCCGAGAUGCCGAUUGUGGAAGUUGGAAACGUGGAACAUAUCGUUGAGAGUACUUUGGUUAUUAAAGCGAAAAUAUCUGGUGAGUUCAGAUGUCUCGAGAGUGGAUCGGUGUUAUGCUUGGAAGACAGAAGUGUUAUUGGAGUCGUGGCAGAGAUCCUUGGACCGGUACAGAAGCCGCUGUACUCGGUGUUGUUCACAAACGCAGGAGAGAUCGCCCAGGCAGGCCUGUCACUCGGAACAAAAGUAUUUUACUCGGAAAAACAUUCAACGUUUGUCUUUACUCAAGCUCUCAAAGCCUUCAAAGGCUCAGAUGCAUCGAACCUUCACGAUGAGGAAGUUGGCGACGAAGAAAUGGAGUUUUCCGACGACGAAGCCGAAGCCGAGCACAAGCGAAGAGUCAAGCAAAAGAAAAUUGAGCGAAGAGGUGGAAAGGCGCCAAAUGGUGGUCCUAGCAGAGGUGGUCAUCCAUUGCAACAGCAGCAUACUCCCCACGAUUCUUCGACGGGUCCUAGCUAUGACGACGCGGAAGACGAUGGCCCCUACCGCCCUCUUGCUCGACCAAUUGGCUUCGAAAACUCUAUUGGAUGUGGCGAAGCUCCGCAAGAAGGCCUCCCCGGCUCAUAUGGAAGACCACCCCGUGACAACUUCCGAGCUCGAGGCAGAGGAGGUGAUAGGGGACGUGGUGAUCGUGCUAGAGGUCGUGGAGAUCGUGGAGAUCGUGGCCGAGGACGAGGUGGAUAUCAAGAUAGGAGAGGCGGUGGACAGAAUCAAAAUAGCGGCCAUACUCUGCCACCACGUCCACAAACCUACACCCAACCACCAGCUUCAUACCCACCACCACAAUAUCAACAGCCAGCACCGCAAGCUAUAAACCUUUCGCAAGCACCUCCUGCUCCGCCAUCCAUCCCCAAUUUCUUUAUGCCGCCAGUCGCUUACAAUCCACAAAUGCCGUGGCCACAAUUUCCAAUGCAACCUCCAUUUCAGCAACAGCAGCCGUAUCAGAAUCAGCACCCGCAGAUGCCUUGGCAAAAUCCCUCAGCGGGUCAACCUCCUGCUGGUGGCGCAUACAUCAACCCGGCGUUCAUGCCCGGACAGUGGGGUCAGCAGCGGCCGGGCUCGCAAGGCGGUGGAGCGGAUGUUAAGUAA